AAUGGAAUCAACGAAACAGAAAACUUUCCCCUAUUAACCAAAACAACUAGGACAUAGAAUUAACAUUUACCCACACGGAAAUCUCUAAAGUCGCCACCUUAGAACCGGAAUUCAAAGAUCGAUGUCGAGGGCGGCGGCUUUGUUCACGAUUUCAGCCACCGCCUUCGUCCUCGUCGUCUUCUUCUUCCAAUCCACACCACAUUUCCAGGCGAAUAGGCAAAAUGACCAAGUUGCCCACAUCAGGCGGUUGGGAUUCCAGAUGAUGUCUCCCAUUUUCGACCCUGUCAUGGCUAAGGUGCAGCGAAUCGCCGAGGAGAAGAAGUCGGCGUCCUUUGCGAGUGCCGAAACGGAGCUGGAAGAACAAGAGAAGAAGUACUUCAACGACGACGGAACGCUGAAUUUGAGGCUGCGGCUGAUGGUUCUGUUUCCGGUGUUGGACCGGAGCCCGAAGGACGGGAUGCUGGAGACCAAGGAGCUGGAAGUUUGGCUCACCCAACAAGCCAUCGACAGGUUGUAUUAUAAGACGCUGAGGGCUUUGAAAUUCCGGGAUCAAGACGGCGACGGUUCCAUUUCCUUCUCCGAUUACUUCCCUGAUUUUACCCAGCAAGACAUUGAGAGGAACGCGACGGGGCAUGGAGAACCUGGAUGGUGGAUGCAACAGUUCAGGAAUGCUGACGUCGAUAAGAGUGGAACUCUCAGCUUGUACGAGUUCAGAGAUUUUCUGCAUCCAGAAGACAGCAGGAACGACAACAUUCAUAGAUGGCUGUUGACAGAAAAGAUAAGGCAUAUAGACGAGAACAAUGAUGAAAUCCUUGAUUUGGAUGAAUUUACGUAUGGAGUCUACAACACCUACAAGUCUUACAUGGAGUACGAAUCAUCCGGCGGAGGUUACAUUCCCACUGCCACGGAAUUGUUCGCCAAGCUUGAUCUUGACAAAGACAAGUUGUUGAGAGUGGAAGAAUUGAAGCCACUGUUUCGGUACCUAUGCCCCGGAGAAUUGGUGUAUGCCAAACAUUACGCCAUUUUCCUUAUUCAGGAGGGUGACGACAAUGGAGAUGGGAAAUUGUCACUGGAGGAGAUGUUGAAUCAUGAACAUAUUUUCUUCAGCGCCGUUUAUGACAAUGGCAAAGACGACGAUGACCAAAUUGAUGGCUACCACGACGAACUAUGAAGACUGAUAAACAAAACUGAAGAAUCUUUGUCUUUUUUUUUUCAAGUCAAUGCACCUUAAUCCGAGGCAUGAAAUUUUGUUCGGUUCAUGCCGUUAAAAGGUUGCAUAAAUCGUCAGUUAUCUGGCUGGUGACGAAGAGUCGCCUUUUAAGUUGACUGAUGAUGAACAGGACAUUUUGUGUAUAAAAACGUAGGCAUUGCUAAUUUUCCUUCUUUUUCGUUGUUUUUUUUAAUGAUUGUUUAUGUUCAUGAGACAACAACGCCAGAGCCCAUUUACAGCCCUUUUAUG